UAUGACCUAUGUUUCAUUACGAAAUAGGAACCAGUUGAAUAUACAACAUCCGUCAACGACAUCAAAAUGGUUCUUAGGAUUUUAGCAGUAGAAACCUGUUUAAUUUUGUUUUUGGGGUACAUUAAGCAUAUUGAUACUUCACGACCUGUAUAUUUUGUGGUUGCACCUAACGUGCUAAAGGUGAACAUAGAUGAAGUUAUUACUCUGACUAAUUUUGGAGAUAUUGAAGAUGUGCGUAUGCAAGUAUACCUGCAAGAUUUUCCAGCUCAACUACAGAAUUUCUCUUUCCGAGAAGUUGUGGUACCGAAAGAUGAGGUAGCUAACGUCAGCAUCCGCCUGACCGUCGACGAUGUGUUAAUGUUACCAUCUAACUCACAUUUCAUAUAUCUUGUGGCUGAAUCAACGUCGCCAGACAAACCGUUUAAACAGAUGACCAAAUUACUGUUAGAUUAUCAUCCUGGUUACAUCUUUAUACAAACUGAUAAGCCAGUUUAUACACCCGGACAAAAAGUUAAUAUCAGAAUUAUUCCCCUUGAUGAUGAUACACGUCCUGUAGACUGGCCAGUUCAAGUUGACAUUGUUAAUCCAGACAAAGUUGUUGUGAGUAGAUCCAAGAAAGAUGGAGGCGAGCCGUUUCUAAUAGAAACUCUAGAAAUACCUGAUUAUCCUGUGUAUGGAAAUUAUUCUGUUACAGCCACAUUUGCUAAUGGUGUAAAAACAUCAGCCAGUGUCAGAUUUGAAGUAAGAGAAUAUGUAUUGCCAAUAUUUACUGUUGCGUUUGAUAUAGAAGAGAAAUACCAAGUUAUAUUACCAUAUCAUACAGAAUUUAAAGCUAAUUUACAAGCACGAUAUGUGUUUGGAAAGCCAGUGCGAGGUCAUGUGACGGUGUCUUAUGGUUUAGUUUGGCAUGGUCACAUUUUUACUUUGGGAAAACAACUUAAUAUUCAGCUAUCAAUAACUGGAGAUACAACUAUUACUAUUCAAAUAGAUGAUUUAAAGGUGGCCUCCCAGACUAUGUGGUUCCCUAAUGGCGGACGUCUAUUUCUGAACGCAGCCGUUACAGAAGAGGCUUCAGGAAAUGUCGAACAUUAUAUGGUACAGAGUGUGGUCUUUGCUAAAUCGGCACAUAUUCUCAAAUUUACUAGAUGUUCGCGAUAUUUUAAACCAGGUCUGCCGUAUGUUUUACAUGUUGAUGCUAUACGAGCUAAUGGUCAACCAGCACGCCAUCUACCGGUGAUUAUUGAAGGUGAAGGUGAUGUAAAAGAAGAGAAAGUUAUAAUUACACCUUUAAUAUCUGUUGGUGAACAAUUAUCAACUGAUGCUGAUGGUAGAUUGGCUACUGAAAUACUUUUACCAGCUGAAAUAAAAACAUUAAAGAUAAAAAUCAGAACUAACAUUAAAGGUUUACCACUGAAGAAUCAAACUGAAUCACUAUUUGUAGCUGUUCCUUAUUACAGUCCAUCAGAUACCUAUAUGUCUGUCAGAGCUCUACCAACUAGUCCGGGUAAACCAAGUGCCAUUCCAUCUAUUGGAGACUUUAUGACUGUUGAAACAAUGAACACUGAACCAGAUUUACUGGAUUAUAUCAACAUGUUGGUUAUCGCCAAGGGUAAGAUUAUUCACCAUACAAGAACAAGGGCAUUAGCUGGUGACCGGACAAAUUUUUAUAUACCUGUAACUGCUGAUAUGUCACCUAGUGCUCGGAUAGUAACUUUUUCUCUAAGGGGAACAACAGCUGGGUCAGAGGUUGUUGCUGAUGCUACCUGGCUGGAUAUAGAAGAACAGUGCGAUAACGAAGUUAUGCUAGAAACUGAUAAUGGAGAGAAGACAUACAGACCGAGGGAUGAAAUGACAAUAACAUUGACAGGUAAACCAAAUACAACAAUAGGAUUAUUGGCGGUAGAUCAAAGUGUUUACCUUAUCAAGAACAAAACAUUCUCUAGAACAAAGUUUUUUGCUGAUAUGAGAGCCAACGAUAGAGGGUGUGGUUCUGGUGGAGGUAGAGACAGUGCUUAUGUAUUUCAGGGUGCUGGUUUGGCUAUUUUAACAAACGCUGAUAUGAAAACUGAGACAAGAUCAUCGGAAGGUUGUCCAAAUAAAGCAGUUAGAAGAAAACGGUCUUCAGAAGAUUUAAUAGAAGAAUUGUGUUGUAAAAAGGGAUAUGAAGAAAGUGAUGCUGUUUUACAACGUUGUUUUAAUGCUGCUAAAUAUGUCCGCCAAUCAACUAAUUCAUCUUUGUGUGCUGAGGAGUUCUAUAGAUGUUGUAAAUAUAUGGUUAAUGGUGUGGAGAUUGUCGAGGCAAGAUUAAACAGACACGGGGAUAAAGAUGUACAGGAUGUACUGUUUGAUGAUGAAGAUGUUAUGAUUGAUUUACCUCUUCGAACUAAUUUUCCGGAAUCUUGGCUGUUUGAAGAACAUACUUUAGGAGAAGAUGGUAAAACUGAAUUAAGUGUUGGGUUACCAGACACAAUAACAACAUGGAUGUUACAUACCGUAUCUAUAUCUAAACAACAUGGCUUCUGUGUCUCUAAACCACAUAAUGUCACUGUAUUUAAAAACUUUUUCGUUCAUCUGGAUCUACCGUAUAGUGCUGUACGACUGGAACAGCUGGAAGUCAGGGUUACUAUUUAUAAUUAUUUGAAUAUGGAUUUAUCGGUAAAAUUGUUUAUACAGAGCGUUGAAGGUGUCUGCUAUUCUGGUGAACCAGGAGAAAAUUCUGAGAUGGCACACAUGGAUAUACCACCAAAUGAUGCUGCUUCGGUGUCAUUUCCUCUAAUUCCCCUGGAAUUAGGUCUCUUCCCCAUACGUGUAUUUGCGUACUCUUCUUGGGGUCGAGAUGCGGUGGAAAAGCUCUUGUAUGUUGAGGGGGAAGGUCUAGAAAAAAUCCAUACGGUAUCAGUGAUGCUUGAUCCUUCAGGAAAACGCCUAAUACGUGAUAAACCCAAGAAUGUUUCCAUUGAUAUUAAAAAUGAAGUCGAUGAGGUUGGCAGUCGGCAAACUGUACAAUUAGACCUUGACUUACCGCAGAAUGUAGUUCCCGAGACUGAAAAAUGUACAGUGAGUGCGAUAGGGGAUGUAUUAGGUCCAACAGUGUCUGGUAUAAUAAAUGGUGUAGAUACAUUAUUAAAACUACCAACUGGUUGUGGUGAACAGAACCUGAUACAUCUAGCACCUAAUGUAUAUGUUAUGAGAUAUCUGAAAGCUACUGGACGACUUCAAUCAGGCGUUGAGAAAAAGGCACGGGCAUUUAUGAGACAAGGUAUGAUGAGGCAACUUACUUUUAAAAAAGACGAUGGUUCAUUUGCCACAUGGCCUCAUGCUGAAUCAAGUACAUGGUUGACAGCAUUUGCAUUAAAGGUGUUAAAUCAAGCUAGAAGUUUUAUACCCAUUGAUACUAAUGUUACUUGUCAAGCUUUACGUUGGAUAUUAGAUAAACAAAUAUCAGAUGGCUCAUUUAGAGAAGAUUCAUGGGUAAUGCAUAAAGAAAUGUUGGGAGGAACUACAGGUGAAACUACGCUAGCAGCGUUCGUGUUGAUAUCAUUAUUAGAGAGUGAUUGUAAACCAGAGGAUGAUGAUUAUCAACUGAAAACCAUAGAAUAUUUAGAAAGUAAAUUAGAAGAAUUGGAUCGGCCAUUAGCAGUUGCCAUGACAACGUAUGCCUUGGCUUUAUCUUAUAGCCCGGCCAGACAUCGAGCAAAUGAAAUAUUACGAAAAUUAGCUCAAACGACUCCUGAAGGUUUUGUCUUCUGGGGUCCUGGAGAAGAGAACGAUUUUAAACUAGGUUUAACACCGCAUUGGUUUAAUAAAGAACCUAAUGCCUUGGCUGUUGAAGCUACAGCUUAUGCUCUGUUAGCUCAGUUAGAGAUGGGAGAAAUACAGUAUAGUAAUCAGAUAGUUGGUUGGUUACUACAACAACGUGAAUCACAUGGUUCAUUCGUUUCUACACAGGAUACUGUGAUAGGUUUACAAGCUUUAUCAGAGUACAGUAUUAGAACUUAUUCAGCCAUAUUAGAUAUGACAUGUCAUAUAACAUCAGAAGCUGAUCAGAACUUUCAGAGACUUAUAUCACUUCGACAUGAAGAUGCUUUGGUUCUUAAAUCGGUACCUAAGGUACCAACAGGUGGUAAGUUAAUGUUUGAAGCUGCUGGUACAGGUGUAGGUAUGAUGCAGGUAGAAGUUAGAUAUAAUAUACCUGAAGAAGGUGAUUCCUGUAAAUUUGAUGUGACUGUUGAUAGCAGACGAUUAUCACACAUGGUUUACCAAUUCUUUAAUCAACACGCCAGAACAAAUUGUGAGCUAUGUUCUCAGUCGUGUGAUAAUGCUGUGGAGGAAGAAGAAGAAGAUGAUUACGAGAAUUUCAAAUUUCCAGACAUAAUACCACGUAUACAACGAUUAAAUUUUAAAACUGACGAAGAAGAAAAUACCAAUGUUGGUUCUCGUAUAGGGCGACCCUUUUUCCAUAUAGGAAGAACUCCUUAUAAUCAUCAGCGUUCAAGACGAUCUAUCAGUGCUCGUGUGCUGUGUAUAGAAGUUUGUGUUCGAUUUCAAGGAAAUCAAGAAACAGGGAUGUCAGUUUUGGAUGUUGGUCUAUUCACUGGCUAUCAACCAAUAGACAACGAUCUUAAUUUGAUGAAGACCAAUGGCAAAAUCCAGCAUUUUGAGACAUCACAGCGCUCUGUUAUUCUUUAUGUUGAAGAGAUAUCUCACAAAAGAACAGAAUGUUUUAAGUUCAGAGCUAAACAGAAACAUAUCGUAGAAAAUAUUCAACCUGCUAAAGUUCAAGUCUUUGAUUACUAUAAUCCAGCAAUAAGAUGCUCUUAUUUCUACAAGCCGGAUAAUGUUAGUGGUCAUCUUACUAAUUUCUGUGACAAACAAAAGAGUAUUUGCCAGUGUUUAGAAGGACGAUGUAGUCAGUGUGAAAAUAUUUGGUAUGGUAAGAAAUGGAAUGAUAUAAUCAAAUAUGCCUGUCUCAAUUCUACAUAUGUAUUACAGAUUAAAGUAUUAGAUAAACAAGAGGAAUCAGCCGGGUUUGAAAGAGUUCUAGCAAGUGUUCAAAGAGUUAUAUUUUCCAGUGGCGCUAUUGAAAUUAAAAGCAAAGAUAAAAUGAUUUUAUUAAAGAGAUCGUCUUGUAUGUGUCCCUCUGUUGAAGUCAAUAAGAAUUAUAUUUUUAUGGCUGGAAUUCCAAAACGAUUCAGAGAUGACGAAGAUAAUUUGGUGUAUGCCUUCUUGAUGGACAAAAUGGCCGUUGUUACUGAAGUGUACAAGUCUAAGCAAAAAAAUAUUAGCAAAGAACAAAAACAAAUGUCGAGACAGUUUAGACGGUUCCAGAAGAGAUUACUGCGCAAGCGUUGUACAAGAUACCAGAAGAAGAGUAGAAUGCUGCAUGCCUUCCCUGGUGUUUAGCAUUCCAACAUAGAGCAGGAAAAAUCCACAUGAACACAUAUGAAUAUAGCUUGCAACCUUUCAGAUAAUUCAUAUUUUUUAAUUGGUUCCCGGGUUUGAAUAUUUGCUAUCGGGGUACCAGCUAUCGGCCUGAUAUUAUCAGACUCCCGAUUCUGCUCUUAACGUGAAUGCACGCGACCGUAUUUUGUUGUCGGGUUCACGUUGAUUUUUAUUCAGCUUUUUCCAUCGGGCAUCAAGUCAAAUUAGCGAAUACAUCAAAACCCAAUUUAUGUAUUUUAUUUAUGCCCGGCUUAUCACGAGAAAUUAUGUUGAUUGGUUAUUAUUUCUAAAUUUUUAGCCUUGUCCAAUUUCAAACGGACAAAACGAUAUCAUACUUUCUAACUUUAUUUUACAAAAGGGUGCCAGUGUUACUAUGGUUACAAUCAUGAACUGUAUUUGACUGAAUAUAAUUAUGUUAAACGUACAUUAAAGAUUUUAGAAUGUACACAUAACCUUUGGCGAUUGCUCUAUUGGGUUUUUAUUUUUUAGGAUAUGUAACAUUUCUAACGUAUUGAGUACAUUUGGAAGAUUAACCCCUUUUAGAAAGUUAAUUUGUGUGUUAUAUAAUUAUUACAGAAAAUAAACCAACAGUAAACAUUAAUAUUACAGAAAAUCCACAAAAUGUAAAUACUGUCUGACCCUAGAACAACUCCUACUUUUAUAUAACUAUACCCGUAUAUGCACUCGUUGCCAAAUAAUAUAUAUAUUUUUUAACAUUAAUAUUGUUUAUAUAAUUAUUCAUCAAAUUAUUGUUCAUAUAAAUGUCAGAUAUUAAUAUUAAAGAUAUAAAAGAA